AUGCGUCCGCAACCGUGACCACGCCGUUUUGGUUCGCCUACAAUUGUCCUCCUCCUUCGCCAAAACAUAAUAUUCUUCGCGUGCCUGCUUGCCGUCAGAAAGCCCCUCCAGAUCUGAUACGGCCAUGGAUGACUCCGCGGUGACGCGGCUCAUCAAUCAGUGCAGCAAGGCAAACGAUGUCGAUGCGAAGGUGGAUGCUGUUACGAAGCUUCAGGCUGAGUUUGAGGCCGGCGCGGAGAUCCCGGACCAAGAUGCCCUCAUCGCGGUUCUCAAGGCGUGUCUGCGGACAGCAAAUCAACAUCUGACGACUGCUACUCUGUCUGCCUUGCCGCCGCUUCUCCCUCUCCUUAUCGCCCGUAACGACCUCGCCCGUUCGUCCUCCGGUUCGCCAAAGCCGGCUGCUGCCUCCACCUCCUCCGCCACACCGUCUUCCAUCGACGCUCAUGCGCUGCGCCACGUCCUCACAGCGUUCCUGCCUCCCGGAGGCGUCAUCGACCGCCUCGGAGACAGCAGGGAGAAGGCACGGGAGAAGGCGCGAGAAACGCUGGUUGUGCUGGGUGGUCUGGCCUUCCGGAACGGGGGUACUGGCUCGGUCAUGAACAGGUCGAGAGAUGGAAAGGGCCCAGAGACUCCCCUGAUGAUAUUCGAGAAGCAUCUCAGGGAGAAUGGGCUUGCCAGUAAGGUUUGGCGGGUGAGAGAGCAGUCAAUGAUGACGCUCGUACAAGUUCGCCGCAUCCAUCACCUCUUCCCAAUCCGCUCCUACCUCCCUGCACUCGUGGAGGCACUCGAAGACACCGACGGCGCCGUGCGUGAAUGCGCACGGCAAUCAGUCGUUGAACUAUUCACCGGCCCGGGCGUUACAGAUGCCGCACGGGCCGAUCUCAAGAAGGAAAUGGCGAGGAAGGCCGUACGCAAGGGCAUCGUCGACAGCGUGCUGUCAAAGGUUCUGUCCGGCAGCGGUGGCGGCACCAGCACGCCAGGCACCAUGAGCGAGGCGGGCUCGGAGAACGGUGAUGCUAACCCAAGGGAGUAUGUGCCGCCCAGCAUCGCGCUGAUGAGCCGACGGCCGGCUCAGCCGGUAGGUACCAGUGCGGGCGCGAGUGCGAGCGGUAGCGCUCUGCCCCGAACAACGAGCCAGGGGAGUAUUCGAGAUCUUGCGAGACCCGCGAGCCGGGCUGCCGCGGUGGUCUCACCGCCGCCGAUGGAAAGCGCGGGAGCCGGGGGCAGCAGCGGUGCGGACGUUCGACCGAUUUACAUUGCAUCCGCUCAUGAUCUUGAGAACGAAUUCGCUUCCAUGCUCAAGCACUUCGAGGCAAGUGGUAAAGAGACAGAACACAAUUGGGCGCCUCGCGAACAAUCUAUUCAACGCGUCCGUGGGAUGCUAAAAGGAGACGUGCAGGAACGAUAUGCGGAAGCUUUCUUGUUCGGACUGAAGAAUGGAUUUAUAACAGCGUCGCUCAAAACGCUGGCCAGUCUGCGGACAACUGUCGCAGGGAACACAUGCUUCUUGUAUUCUGAGCUUGCGAUCACUCUCGGUUUUGCUAUCGAUCCCUUCUGUGAUAUAUUACUCUCCAAUCUGCUGAAGAUGGCCAGUCUCACGAAGAAGAUUACUGCGCAGCACUCACAAGCAACCGUUACCACAAUUCUCUCACAUACGUCACCGCAAGUAAGGUUGGUGACGCCACUUCUGUGGAACUCUCUGCAAGACAAGUCGAUUCAGAUGCGAGGGUAUGUGGUCGGCCAUGUCAAGACGUAUAUUCAGGUGCAUUGUACGCGCUCAAGACACGCAGUGGAAGCUGCAGGCGGCCAGGAAUUGCUUGAAAAAUGCAUCAAGAAAGCUUUGGUGGAUCCCAACGCUGGUGUGAAGGACAGUGCUCGUCAAGCCUUCUGGGUUUUCGAGAGCGUAUGGCCGGAUAGGGCGAAAGCCUUGCUCGAAUCCAUGGAUUCACUGUCAAGAAAGCAACUCGAGAAGGCGUGUCCCAAUCCUGAGCACCUUGCAACGUUACCCAGUGCUUCUGCGCCGGUAACCAAGAAGAGCAGCAUCGCAGCUGCGAUAGCCGCAAGUAGAGCGAAGGCCAGGGCAAUUGCGAAUGCACCACCUACAUUAAUGCAUCAGGCGACCUCAACGUCCCAUGCAACGCGGGCAACGUCACCUCCUCACAGGCGAGCGGUCUCACCGUCGCUAUCGACGGGCAGUGGUUCGGGUGGUAGCCGUUCCAUAUCGCCUGUAAGCCAAUCACCCCACAUAUCCAAGUCGAGGGGCAUGAUCGGUACCACAUCUCGCUCUGUGAACUCCAGCGUCGUCCCACUCCCUCGUUCGCGUGCGUCCCCAGGUCAACCGCCACCUGACUCACCGCCUUCGCCAACUCCAGGCGCGGGGUCCCCGCGACGGGUUUCGAACAUGCUUAGCAGCAGUUCCUCUUCCUCCUUCCGACGAGCAUUGCAGACUGCUCUACCGGCAUCGCCCCCUACUCAUGCAAUCACAUUCGCCGACUCCAACCCUAGGACCACACGACCUGGGCUGUCGGUUGCAGUUCCUGUUCCCCGCGAGUCUCUGACCUUAGCGGCGCUGAGUGGUAUGGGUGGAGCGGAUGACGAAUCGCUCCUUUUGGCGACGAAGAUCCCUAUCCCGGAGGAUAGUGAUUCCGACAUGGACGAAUCGAUGGAUCUCGUUUCGUUCUCAUCACCAUACGAAAGGUACCCACCUGCUCCGAAAUCUGAUUCCCAGGCUGGAUCAUUCUCGCCGAAGUCAAGUGGCUCGAGGCCUGGCCCGUCAAACACGCUUUCAACAUCCACGAAUUCCCCGCCUGCUGGUGUUCCUCGGCCAGUCGUGGAGGAUGCUCUGCGAGCACGUGCAGAGCAGGCGGAAAGUGCGGCGGAACGUCUGCUGGAACUUGUGGACCCUGAGGAAGAGAACAUGCAGGUCUCACCGCUACCUCCGCCGCUGUUAUUGCGAAAUAUUGAAAGUACCCCUACAUCACACAAGAGGCCAUCAGCGAGUCCAAGUAGCAUUCGGGCCGCUCCAGCUCCGCCGAGGACUCCGAAGAAUAAGGACUCGUCUAUUCUAAGGCAAGCCGCACUGUUUCAAGAUAGUCCCGCGCCGAACGGCAAACCAGGCUCCUUGUUUGAUAUGGUGGGCGUCAAGGAUAAUGCAACGGAAUGGUGGACAAAGCGGACGUCGCUCAUCAACAUAACUAGUCCGAUCUUGGGGCUUCAUACCGAUGGUCGCGUGCGAGAACUUGAAGAAUGCAUUUACGCGCUUGAACAAGAUUCAGUGGAUGUGCCCAUACUCAAGAGCUUGACGCUUCUGUGCACCCAAAAUCCAGUAGAAGAGCAGGGUUCACUCAUUAACUCGGAGUUUUCCGCAUCUCCCGCAUCGUCACUAUUUGGCGGCUCACAAUCGCCGUCCCCAAAUGCGGAUUUGUGGACCCAAGAGAGGAGAUUUGAUCGACUUUUCAAAGCUCUCAUCAAGUCUUUAGAUCCCCGAAAGAAGUCAGAGAUCCUCGAGUACGGCUUGAUCGUACUAUGGGAGAUGCUGUCCAAUCAGGGCCCUCUGCUUGAGGGUAAGGAGGCUGACAUCUUCACGAUGCUGUUGGAGAUCAGGUAUUCCGCUCUCGCAAUCGUGAUGCAGGCAACCAACAUGUUUCGGGAUGCUUUGACGAGCCAAAUCGAACCCGUGUAUGGGCUGACCACUCUCCAUGCGAGCCUGCGUGCGUUUAGGGACGCAGCUAUACCUGAAAUGGCAAACAUAGAUGUCAGAGACGGAACGUAUGCGUUCGGUCUUAUCUCGAUAGGCAAAUUUCUCCUUCGUUUGCCAGCUGAAGUGUUGGAGGAGGAACUACCCCGUCUCCGGACAACUCUAAUAACUGCCCUCACAGACGUGUCAUCAAGGUCUUCGCUUAUGGUGCGCGAGGCCGCGGCAGCUGCCAUCAUCGCUGCACAACUGGUCCUUCGUGAUGAGGCCCAUCUGUUUGUCUUGCUGGAUGGUCUUCCGGAUGACAAGAAGAACCUCUUGACGUACUUGUUUGAUAAGCAUGGCUCCCGGAGCUCGCACGAAUUCAGCGCUCCUUCUGGGAUCGAGAAGCUUGAGCGCGAGAUGCGGCGUCUAGACAAUCGGACAAAUACACCGCCGCGUUCGCAGACCGCUUUCGUGAUUUGAUAUGACCCUGUUACGACACCUAGUAUUAAUUGGCAUUAACCUGUAUAUGUCGAGCUUUCCUGUUGUCGCUUGUCCUCGCAGUUCCGACCAAUCAUAUUCUCACGUGCAUUGUCUCCCGAUCUCAAUUGCGGUACCCUGCAGUUUCUUUCCUACCCUGACCUUCUUAGCCAUUCCGUUUGAGAGAGGCCGGCCCUACGGGAUGUGAUGGUUUUUACGCGUGCAUCAGCUGGUCAAAUGAAUUCAAG